GUUGGACGUUAACCAUUUUAAUUCAAGAAGAAGAAAAAGAAGACGACGAAGAAGAACUCGAACGCCGAAGUUGUUUAUGCUGGCGGUAAAUACAAAUAACAGAAGGCGUUGCUAAAGCAAAACAUAAUUGUUGUGAUGCUGCCGUGUCCAGAUUCAUCAGUGGGUAAAGGAGACAGUCUGCAUCAGCAAGUUUUGUCCGCGUUCCCGCUGUGCCAUCUGACCGAAAAUGAUCUGAUCCAGAACCCUCUGUUCUGCAAGCUCCUGGCCACGCUGUCACAGCACAUGGAUCGCACCGGACUGACUUUACCCUUGAGAAAAGAGCUGGAAAAGGCAGAGAAGGAGCUCCGGGCGCAGAAGUUGGGAUGGCUCCGCUUGGAAAGCGUGCACAGAAUCCUGCAAGAGAUGGUCCAGGAAUAUCGCUUCAGGCAGCACCACGACAGGGCAGGACCAGCCGAGGACACGUUCUAUCUCACUCUGGAGCGGUGUUUGCUGGUGGCUCGGUGCGUCCGGCAGCUGGACCCGAGCGGCACCGUCGGCCAGGAGCAACCCCCCGUCCUGGGGCUCUCUGCUGAGAAAGUGCUGAGUCAGCUGCCUCCACAGCAGGACGUGUGGCAAAUGAAACAGAGGCUACCGAUAGAACUGCAGAAGCACCUGAAGAAGAAACUCUUUAACCUCCUCUCCUACUACCAGCCCGAGUGGGAAAAUGAAAGCGAGGGUCUCAGGUGUGUGAAGCUUUCGAAGCUGCCAGGGCUGCUGGAGAGCGAGCGCAGCAGAGCAGAGAGUCUGACUGAGAAGAACCGCGAGAACGGCACCCUGUUGCAGCGCCAAACUCACUCCUACCUCUCUGAACUGCUGGAAUGCAUGCAGCUCCUACAGACGCUUGUCCUCGACCUCCGACUCAACGUGCAGAAAGAACUCGACAGGAAGAAGAUCGAAUACUUUGAGGCCAAAUGUGAGAUUGGAAUUCAGAAGAUAAGGGCAGAGAUGCUGGAGGUGCAGCUCGACUCCUACACACGAGAUAAGAUCGCAGCGCAUCAGAAAAUCACGGAGAAGCUCAGUGCUGAGCUGAAGGCGUGCCACAUGGAGAAACAGUCGCUGGAGUCCAGACUGGCGUCCUUCGAGAUCUACGGCAGGGAGUUUGAAGUCCUGGCGGAGGAAUAUUCCAGACUGAAGCAGGAGGUCGCAACAAAAUCCUGGGCACUGAAAGAAUUUACAACGUAAACCAUCCCAGCAAGCAGGCAGAACCAGUACGAGUCAGACCUGAUGUUCGGAAGCGCCAAACUUCAUCAGUAAAGAUACACAGAUGUUACUUUGCUUGUGACUAUCGUUUCCAAGUGCAUCACUGUUAAUAGCAUAAGUGUUACUAAUUUUGAGUAUUAAAUUAUACAAUAAUGGCUCAACUCAUCAUUAGGAUGCCCUUCAGAGGACAUUUUUAGGUUAGUCUGAUUCAACGUUCUUCCAGUCUGUCCUGCAUUCAGGGAAAGUUAGAUGAAUGAGUAACAACAUUUGAAUUUCUUUCCACCAAACCAAUCUAUCAAACAUUUUCCAGGAUUUUUAACUGAGCUAACAACAUUAAAAUCUUUUCCACUUUUAUAUUGUUUGUCAUUUGAGCUUAUUUGCUCGUUUUAUUCGUACUUUUGUAUCCGCCUAUCUCUCUAGAUAUUUGUUUAGCUUAAAUAUAUAGUUGUAACCAUUUUGCAUAACUAAUACGAGUAUGGCAUGCUCACUAAAAGUUUUAAUGACUGAAAACAGGUUAUUUGGAUUUGCAGCUUGAUUUAGAAUAAACAAUAUGUAGGGAAAAUUAAGAAAAGCUCCACGCAUUUCCAUAAGACUCGUAAACAAACAAAAAGUUAUUUUCCUCUCGUUCUGUCGAAAGAGGAUAAAGAAUGCUGAUAGUAUUCAUAUAUGACUACAAAAUUUGUUUUAUUAUAUGUUCUUUAAAAUGAAUAAUAUAGGAUGGGAAGAUUUAAUAAAAGUUGGUAAACACGUCAUGUGGUACACUACACUUGCAGAAGAGGAUUGAGGCUGUGGAACAUGGCGCCUCCGGGCCGCUGGGUGGCGCUCUAAAAUAA